AUACAACUGAGCUGCAGGAAGACAAAUCAGAGAAGAAACUAGAUACAACUGAGCUGCAAGAAGUAAAAUCCAUGAAGAAACCAAGUCAAGAUUUUAUACUGGAUGCUCUUAUUGAAGAAACCAUGGAGAGGUUUUGGGAAAUCGAGUGGGAGAUGAAUCAACAGCUCGUCAUCAAAGGGAUCAUGGACAAAAUUAGGGAUUGUUUUGAUAGAAAAGGUGAUGAGAUAAUCCUAGUUAUCCUCAAACUCGAUUAUGACUGGGUAUCCGGAUGGGAGGAGACCAAAAAGGCUUUCAGCAUUUUUGGUUGCAUAGCCGGUGCACUGAUGUUGACCUUUGAAGAAAACAGAACACGAGCAAAAGGAUAUUGUUGUCCGUCGCGGGAGCCUAUAGACUAUUCUGUUCUUGGGCUCUACCAUGAUAUCACACUCGAGCUUACAAACCAGCAGAUGAAUAAAGAGAGCGCCCAGAUUUUUCUCGGCAUCUUGGAGAACUGUCACCAACAUGAAUUCUGCAUGAAGAUCUUCGUUCAUGCUUUGUACGCCAACCCCAAGAGGAGUGAUGAAGAACUAAGCAAGUUGCACAGAACCCUGCAGAAGGUUAGAGACAAAUCAUUGGACAAAAUUGCUAAGAAGAUACUCAAGUUCUCUUAUAGUGAUAUGCCUAAAGAAUACAAGUCUUGUUUGAUGUACCUAGCAAUUUUCCCUAGACGACAACCCAUCAGGCGGUCAACCUUGAUAGGACGGUGGGUUGUCGAAGGGUUGAUAACCAAGGAAGACUGGGCCAGUUCUGUGCGUCAUGCCAGUCGAUGUUUUGAUGCGUUGAUCAAUCGGUGGCUUGUUUAUCCUGCCGAUAUUGGGGCUACAGGAAAGAUAAAGAGUUGUGUGAUAGGUGAUCUUGUUCAUGAAUUCAUUACCAAGAUCGCUAGAAAGCGGCGCAUUGUGGAAACACGCCUGUCACAUCACUUGGCUCUCCGCUUCUCCAUUUUCAAUGACCUCCGACUCCGUGGCUCGGAUAAAAUAGAUAGAUUCUUCGAAAAGCUCCAUGAAGAAUCAUCUCGAGUAUCCCUGAUCAAGGUGCUAGAUCUCCAAGAUUGCCAGUGCUUUGGACGGAAGAAUCAAAUCUACCUCAGGGACAUAUGCAGCAAGAUGUUACUGCUCAAGUAUCUGAGCCUAAGGGGAACAGAUGUUACCCAGCUGCCGACUGAAAUCAAUAACCUCCGUGAGCUAGAAGUAUUGGAUAUCCGAGAAACAUAUGUGCCUCCAUCUGCAACAGUAAAUGUCUUACUCCUGAAGUUGAAGCGUUUGCUGGCUGGUCGCAUUGUUCCAAGUUCGGGGGUAAGUAGUACUGAACUAUUUAGUGUUGAGAUCCCUGAUAAGGUCGAAAAAAUGGUAAACAUGGAGGUAUUGUCCAAUGUCAAG